AUGUCCGAGCAAGGUCCAGACGCACGAAAACGGGAGGGCAACGGCAGUCCUGGCCAGCCUCCCCGGCACGAGAUGCAGUCUGCUCAUGCAGAGCCUGCAGAAGCAAAUCCUGAAGUCAAAAGUCCAUUUGCAGCCUUCCUCAGCAAACACCACCAUCAAUUUUCACCAUCAGCCAGUGGCACUUCAACACCAAGUGACGGAGACCACCACCAUCACCGGCUUCGACCAUUCAUCCGCGCAGUCAUGGCGUUCCAGAAUGGCCGCAAGUUCUCAACGGGCACUUCGGUGCACCGCAAGCGUCAGAUGAGUACUCUCAUCGAGAAGGAGGGCCACUUCGGUCCAGCUCUUACUACUCUUUUCCUUGGUAUAUCUGCUGUCUUCUCUGAUGACCACACUGCGGUUGUCGCCAUUGCCAUCCAUGACACAGUGUACCUCACCGACUUCUCUGUCCGAAGCAUUGUCCUCGACGAUGCCAUGAGGAUGGACACUGACCUCAUUGCCGACUAUGUCAUUGCCGAGGUCGAGCGAUAUGAGCAUGAGAACUUCUCCAAGUUCAUUGGAGCUGGCCUCCCCACGACUCUCAAGUACAUGAGUCCCAAGCUCUGCUCUCGCCUUUGGCUCGAGCUUGACAUUGUUCCCAUUGUCAUGCGCCCGGACGAUGAGCACAAGGAUAGGAACUUCUGGGACGCUAAGAACGUUGAUGAGCAGGCCGACUCGAUGGCGCGCAAGUGCAUCAUGAACUUUGGCCCCUCUCUCGUUCCUCUCCUGCAGGUUGGAUGGCGUGGUAUCGUCCAGACCGAUGCCGGCUUCCGCGCCCACCUCAACACGGUCCAGAACCACCGCGAUACCUGCGGCCAGAGCACCUGGGAUGCCACUCUGAAGUUCACGCAGACUCUGCGCGAGAACAAGACCAAGAUUGCCUUCUUCAGCAGCACCCCUCAGGGCGGUGGUGUCGCUCUGAUGCGACACGCCCUCGUCCGCUUCUCGCGGCUCAUGGGUGUUGACCUGACUUGGUAUGUCCCCAAGCCUCGCCCAGGAGUCUUCCGCGUCACCAAGAACAUCCACAACAUCUUGCAGGGUGUCAGCCACCCUGACCAGCGCAUCUCCGCCGAGGAGAAGGAGUCCAUCAUCGACUGGAUCACCGAGAAUGCCCAGCGUUACUGGCUGUCCGAGGGUGGUCCCCUGCGACCUGCCUCUGAGGGUGGUGCGGAUGUCAUUGUGAUCGACGAUCCGCAGAUGCCGGGUCUCAUCCCGCUCAUCAAGAAGAUCACCCCUGAUCGCCCUAUUCUCUACCGCUCCCACAUCCAGAUCCGCAGCGACCUCGUUGCCGUUCCGGGCUCCCCCCAGGAGGAUAUCUGGAACUUCCUCUGGAGCAACAUCCAGCAGGCCGACAUGUUUAUCAGCCACCCCAUUCCCAUCUUUGUCCCUCACACUGUUCCUCGUGAGAAGGUCUGCUACUUCCCUGCGACCACUGACUGGCUCGACGGCCUCAACAAGCACCUCAACCAGUGGGACAGCGGCUACUACGGCCAUCUCUACAAUACUGCUUGCCACUCUCAGCGCAUGACUGAGCUGCACUACCCUGCGCGCAAGUACAUCGUCCAGGUCGCACGCUUUGACCCGGCCAAGGGUAUCCCCACGGUCAUCGACUCGUAUGCUGAGUUCCGCCGUCUUUGCGACCGCCAGGGCAUCUCCGAUGUUCCCCAGCUCGUCGUCUGUGGCAACGGCUCCGUUGACGAUCCUGAUGCCUCGAUGAUCUUCGAUCAGACCAUGCACCAGCUCGAGACUCACUACGCUCACCUGAUGCAAGACAUUAGUGUCAUGCGCCUUGAGCCCAAUGACCAGCUCCUCAACACCAUGAUUGCCAACGCUCAUGUCGUCCUCCAACUCUCGACCCGUGAGGGUUUCGAGGUCAAGGUCUCGGAGGCACUCCACGCCGGCCGCCCUGUCAUUGCCACCCUGGCUGGUGGCAUUCCCCUUCAGGUCAAGGACAAGGUCAAUGGCUACCUUGUCAAGCCUGGUGACUGGCAGCAAGUUGCCAAGCACCUUUUGGACCUCUUCACUGACGAUGAGCUCCAUGCCAAGAUGAGCCAUGCUGCCGCCACCGGCGUCUCGGACGAGGUUGGUACAGUCGGCAACGCCCUCGGCUGGUACUACCUGGCUGCCAAAUGGCAUGAGGUCGGUGUCAAGAAGAACGGUAAGGGUGGCCUCGACGGCAAUGAGCAGUGGGUCAACGACAUGGCCCGCGAGGAGGCCGGCUUUCCCUACAAGGAGGGCGAGAACCGCCUUCCGCGCCACUUCACCCAGAAGAAGGAACUUCCCAUCGUCCCUCCUCCUCAGAUUCCCGAGAACGCCUAG